UCGUACGUAGCCUGACCAACUUGCAUGUAUCAUUAAGGUGGCAACUACACAAAUUAAUGAGUCUCAAUAUUGUGUUUGCAAAUUGCAAUAUCUCAGAAAUCAAGUAAGAUGGGUUCUCUGGCCCGACCAAACUCACUCUUUUUUCGAACCAAAGGACCCGGACGUGCCCGGAAAGUACCAAGUGAGGUUUUGGCUUUUCAGCGUUCCAAUUCAAAUGGUUCAUUUCCCUCAUCAGAACAGCUUGAACUUGAAGCAAGCCAGAAGAACAUGGAAGCACCUGUUGUUGUAGUCACUGGAGCCUCCAGAGGCAUUGGCCGUGCAAUUGCACUUUCCUUGGGUAAAGCCCCAUGCAAGGUGUUGGUCAACUAUGCCAGGUCAUCCAUGCAAGCUGAGGAGGUUUCCAACUUGAUUGAGGCGUUUGGUGGACAAGCUCUUACCUUCGAGGGAGAUGUUUCAAAUGAGGCCGAUGUGGAAUCUAUGAUUAGAACUGCAGUUGAUGCUUGGGGAACUGUUGAUGUAUUGGUAAACAAUGCAGGAAUUACUCGAGAUGGUUUGUUAAUGAGAAUGAAGAAAUCACAAUGGCAGGAAGUUAUUGAUCUGAAUCUCACUGGUGUUUUUCUUUGCAUGCAGGCAGCAGCAAAGAUUAUGACGAUGAAAAAGAAGGGAAGGAUAAUCAAUAUUACAUCAGUUAUUGGUCAGGUUGGCAAUGUUGGACAAGCCAAUUAUAGUGCUGCAAAGGCAGGGGUAAUUGGCCUCACAAAAAGUGCUGCCAGGGAAUAUGCUAGCAGAAACAUCACUGUUAAUGCAGUAGCCCCUGGGUUUAUUGCAUCUGAUAUGACUGCCAAUCUACGACCAGGCAUUGAGAAAAAAAGAUUGGAAUUAAUCCCCUUAGGAAGACUUGGCCAACCAGAAGAAGUUGCUGGACUUGUGGAAUUCUUGGCUCUUAAUCCUGCUGCCAAUUACAUCACUGGGCAGGUGUUCACCAUUGAUGGAGGUUUGGCAAUGUGAGUCUCAGGAAUCUGUUUCCGUAUAUAGCAACUUGAACUUCUUUACUUCACAGUUCAUCUCAAAGGCCACAGAAUUUCAACUUCUGUCAUGGUGCUAGUUUGUUCUAUGCUGAUUUAUGCUCAAGCUAGUAAUACGUGGUGACUUAUUGUAGAAGUUUAGUUGAGCUUUUUAACAGGUUGCUUCUUGAGAUGAAUUCGACAUAUUGCUGCAUUUUGGUGACUCUUAUGGGUCACAUUACAUUUUACAUUUCCUGCAAUUUACCAAUUUUGGGCCUUAUCUUUCCCUAAUGAUGAGAUGCUUGCGGUCAUUUCGGAAUAAUUAUUUGAUGUUUCUGGGGGCCUGGAACGAA